CUUAUAGAUAACUUGACACAGCUCCGCUUCAAACUCAAGUGCACGCGCACACGCACCCGUUCCCAAACACACACACCGACACACACACACAUACACACACACACACAUCCACUAUUACUCACUCCUUUCUCUUUCAAAAGGCCCUUGUGAGGCAGAUUGACAGGCUAGAAUGAAAAUGAGGCGGACGCUCGGUCACGACUUCAGUGCGUACGCGUCCUUUUGAGGAGACCUCUAAACUUGGAUCCUAUCACCAUGGGAGCUAUUUGGGCUGCGAGGGACUUUUGUUUGUUUUUGCUCUUGUUAAAUAGUCGCCAAGGCGCUGCGCUUCCUGAGAUUCGAGAUCCAUGUGCGGAUGGGAGUGAUGGAUGUCACAUUGAUGCUAUUUGUCAGUCUACACCUGGGUCUUACAAGUGCUCCUGUAGGGCUGGUUUUAAAGGCGAUGGGACUCACUGCGAGGACGUGGACGAGUGUGACUUCGAGUUCAACGGUGGUUGUGUGCAUGAGUGCAACAAUAUACCUGGGAAUUAUCGCUGCACUUGCUAUGAUGGCUUCAACUUGGCUCACGAUGGACACAACUGUCUCGACGUUGAUGAAUGUAAUUUCAAUAAUGGUGGGUGCCAGCACACUUGCGUCAAUACCGUCGGCAGCUACGAAUGCCGAUGUAAACAUGGCUUCUUCCUCAGUGACAACCAGCACACAUGCAUCCAUCGCUCUGUGGAGGGCCUCAACUGUAUGAAUAAGGAGCACGGCUGCGCCCACAUCUGCAGAGAAACACCCAAGGGGGGCGUGUCGUGCGAAUGUCGUCCAGGAUUUGAGCUGGCCAGAAACCAGAGAGACUGUAUCUUGACCUGUAACCAUGGCAACGGAGGCUGCCAGCACACCUGCGAAGACACGGAGAACGGUCCGAUAUGCAAGUGUCACAUGAGGUACACAUUGCAGCCCGACAGGAGGUCGUGCGUCGAAAGAGACGAAGCCACCACGGAUUCGGCCGACCAUAACGCCACAUCCUUCGCUGAAGUGGACAAGCGAGUUAAGAGGAGGCUUCUAAUGGAAACCUGUGCGGUAAACAACGGUGGAUGUGACUGCACUUGCAAAGACACAUCUACAGGAGUGCGCUGCAGCUGCCCAGUCGGCUUCACGCUGCAGCCGGAUGGCAAAACAUGCAAAGACAUCGAUGAGUGUGAACAUCAUAACGGGGGCUGUGAACACUUCUGCAGGAACACCAUCGGCAGCUUCGAGUGCAACUGCAGAAAAGGAUUCAAGCUGCUGACCGAUGAGCGCUCGUGCCAAGAUAUAGAUGAGUGUUUUUUUGAACGGACAUGUGAUCACACGUGUGUGAACUCCCCCGGUGGUUUUCAGUGUCUCUGCAACAAAGGGUACACCAUGUAUGGACUGGCCCACUGUGGAGAUAUUAAUGAAUGCAGUGUGAACAAUGGAGGUUGCCAGCAGGGUUGUGAGAACACCAUGGGUGGAUACGAAUGCUUUUGCCAUCCUGGUUAUAAGCUCCACUGGAAUAAAAAGGACUGUAUUGAGGCUGAGGGUUCGCUACCCGCAAAACGCACCUCCAAACCAACAUUGAACUGCAGUAAACAGGAGGGAGGGGACCGCUGUUACCUGACCUGCCAGUCCCAAGUUCACAUCAGCAGUGGGACAGAGGAUUCCUACACCGUGACCUGUGGAAUGCCUCUGCCCUGCAUGGGUGACGCACAAAAGAACAACAGCGGCUCGCAUUGCAUCGAACUGUUGACUCCACGCAUUAAAACCACCGCAACUUUCAAGUCGGGAUCUUCAAAGUGCAACUUAAAGCGAAGCCAGGAGCGACUGAAGGAGAGCCUGAACGCAGCAGCUUCAGAUAGCAGGUUUCUCUUCACUGAAAAUGUCCAGUUUAGUUACGUCAGCCUCCACUGCUCCUCGUCUGGACAGCGUACGCGAAGCCGCCACGGCAGGAAAGCCGGCGAGGAGGACGGCUCAUCCAUCACAGCUGAGUUUGAGCUGGAUGUGAAUCUAGAGGAGGUAACAGCAGGGACCUGUGACCUGAACUGUGUGCGUCGUCGGUCCGAAAAGAGGCUGAGGAAGACCAUCAGGACCCUGAGGAAGUCCAUCAACCGGGAGCAGUUCCAUCUUCACUUCGCUGGGUCUGACUAUGAACUUGCGAAAAGCCUGGUCCAGGCGGCAGAACCACAUGGACCAUGUUUGGCAGGACAGAUACUGGUGGGCAGAAAAUGUGUGAGCUGCAGUACUGGGACCUUCUUUGACGGUGAUCAGGGACGCUGUGCGCUGUGCCCAGCUGGGACCUAUCAGGACGAGGAGGGUCAGAUGUCCUGUGAGGUCUGUCCGGGGCCCGAAGGGAGAGAAGUCUCCAAAGUGGUCGGAGCACGAAACGUCUCGGAGUGUGGAGGUCAGUGCUCCCCUGGACAGUAUUCCCACGAUGGCUUCGUCCCCUGCGUGCCGUGCCCACUGGGAUCCUACCAGCCCGAUGUGGGACGCACCUCUUGCUUCACUUGCGGAGGAAACCUGGUCACCAAGCACACCGGAGCUGUUACCUUUCAGGAGUGUGAGACGAAAGUCCAGUGUUCGCCCGGACACUACUACAACACCAGCACCCACCGCUGCAUCCGCUGCCCCAUGGGAACCUAUCAGGUGGAGUUUGGACAGAACUAUUGCAUCGCCUGUCCUGGAAACACCACCACAGACUUUGAUGGCUCCACUAACAUCAUGCAGUGCAAGAAUCGGCACUGUGGGGGAGAGUUGGGAGACUUCACCGGCUACAUCGAGUCCCCUAACUACCCUGGGAACUAUCCUGCCAACAUCGAAUGCACUUGGACCAUUAACCCUCCACCUAAACGCAGGAUCCUCAUCGUCGUCCCUGAGAUCUUCCUGCCAAUUGAGGAUGAGUGCGGCGACUAUUUGGUGAUGCGGAAAAGCUCUCUUUCGAACUCUGUCACCACCUAUGAGACCUGUCAGACGUACGAACGGCCCAUAGCGUUCACAUCUCGCUCCAAGAGGCUUUGGAUUCAGUUCCGGUCCAAUGAGGGCAACAGCGGAAAGGGAUUCCAGGUCCCUUAUGUCACAUAUGACGAGGACUAUCAAGAACUAAUAGAAGACAUUGUCAGAGAUGGCCGGUUGUAUGCUUCGGAGAAUCAUCAGGAAAUUCUGAAGGACAAGAAGCUGAUGAAGGCCUUGUUCGACGUGCUGGCCCACCCCCAGAACUUCUUCAACUACACAGCGCAAGAAUCCAGAGAAAUGUUUCCAAAGUCUUUCAUCCGCUUCCUGCGCUCCAAAGUUCUGAGAUUCUUGCGCCCUUAAGACGUAGCGUUGGACUAGGUGGUACAUGCAUAUGAAUAUUCAUAGUUCUGAGUCAUAGUUUUUGAACUGCACGGACAACUCCACAGGUGGAUGAACGAUGGGAUCCAAAGACGAAUUUGAAAAAGGAAUGGACUCUAAACUAGAGCUAAUUUGAAAAUGAAGUGCCGAAGUAAUUCAUGUUUGGACGUUGACUACAAACCAUAAGAAUUCAAAUCAGAAUUCAAAUGAAAAGUCCCGUGAUGACCUUUAAAUUUCUUUCAUGACCAGCUGAGGAGUUUUAAUGGUACAUUAUCAGAAGUCUGGAAUGCACUGCAGCCUAGGGAAUAUAUACUUAACUUGUAUAUAGAGUGCAUCUAGUUUUAACAUAGGCUACUUUUACAAGUAGAGACUGAGAGGUGCCAAAACACGAUAGCACAAUGCUACUACUAAGAAAAUAGUAGGACCAGAAAGCAAUUAUUCUGAGAGAUAUUUUGUAUAUGAUGUAAAAAAUAUUGACCUUUCCAGGGUGUCCCGACAACCUCACCCUAUCUAGCUGAGUUGGAAAAAAAGGGGAGGAAAAAUGAAGACAUGUAAAAAGGUUUGAUGCAAAACUGAUAUAUGGGCGGAAUCACAUGUUCGGCAAUAAAAACUUUUUUGAUGAAUCUGAGAGGCAAAAAGAUGAUUGAAAAACAGUACUGUUUCCUUUUAUAUGUACACAUUGAAUGAGGCCAAUGCACGUGUUUUGUCAGAGAUUUUGACCCAUCAACCAAAGACUUCUGGGAAUCGAGCGUUACGAUAAAUGUAAAAUGUUAUACGUUCAGAAUAAAAAGACGUUUUGUAAAAUAUUUUAGAGAUUUUUUCCAUGUUCUAGCAUUACAUAAAUGUAUAUUUUUUAUGGUUUUGUACAUCAGAUAUGC